GCCGACCAGGAAGAGCCCGGCUGGCACGUGACUUCCUCGAGGACAAACGUCGAGAGUCACUCGGACUCGAAAGUUUAGCUUAGGGUCCUUGAGAGACCGAGAGAGGUGUUCCCAGUGACGGAGAGAGACGGAGAUCAGUGGCCGUUUGCGCGAUUUUUCCUCGAGCUAUAUAUAGAGGAUAAUCGUCAGGCUCGCGUCGAUUGGUUUUCCUGAAGGCGGGAGAUGGGACGUUCGGGUGGACUCGCGUCGACGGUUUAAGGAACUUAAGACAGGUGCAGGGUCCUCGCACCUGCAGAGAGACUCGGGCGGUGCGCAAGUGCACUGGACCAGACUCCUCGUAAAUCGCCUUCGAGUUUAACCAAGCCGAACUCGUCGAAGUUUCCGUGUCAGUCGCCGACACCAACCCCACAAGAAACUAAAUAAAAAAAAAAUUUCUAACGCGAUCUAAACGUUAAAAACAGUGCAAGACCUCGCAGGAUAAUUCGAGGACCGAGCCUCGAGGUGUGCCCGGGUUGACAUCCCCGCGUAUAAUAAAUAAUCCUAAUUAGUCAAUUUAAAAAUAGAAACCCGCGUUCCCUCCAGAAUUCCCAAACAGUGGUUAGACCUGGACUGGGUGUUUCCUCAGGUGGACUCGAAAAAAGAGUGACUCGGGUUCUUCAGGCGCUCUCUCGCGUCGCGCGCGAAGUGAUCAAAGGAGGCUCAAUAAUCGUGGCUGGAGUGAGGUGUAAAUUUUCCUUUUUCCUUUCUCCCCCCCGGAAGUCGAGGUCCGCCCGCGAACUUUGAAGCUCGCGAGUACUCCACGACAUACUCCUCUCGAUUCGGCUAGACUGGAGGUGAAUUUAAUUAUCGAGGCGCGAAACCACAUUGGACCUUUCAGACAGUGGAGGAGCGCGGCAACGAGCCCGGACUGAGGGAAAUAAUUAAUCGAGGCUGAAAUCGAGAGAAAAAAAGACAAAAAAGGGGAGAAGAGAGAACCCGAAUCGAUCCCAGGACUCGUUCUCGAUCACCUGGGGGAGAUUUAAUUGCCGAGGCCGAGCCUACGUCCUCGAGAAAGGACGACUGUUCGUUCACCUGGAGGAGAAUGCGGCUCGUCGUCGACAUCGAAACGGUAUCCGACCUGACGUAAUGUGCUAACCUUGAAGACCACUCUCGCCGAAGAAACGCCGAUUGCGAUCAGGACCCCCUAAAGAGAGGAUCAGGAUACCCAACGAGCCCAACCGGAAGAGAAGUAGCUCCAAGAUGAUAGUCGACAGAGGACUCUUCAGGCAGAUCCUGAUAGGCGCAGUGUGUAACCUGCUGGUGAUCGACAGUGGUCUGCACGAGGGAUGGAGCACUCCAACCCUGCCGAAGUUCGAGGGAGAAGACCCCGUGAUAACGCUUACGAGUGACCAGUCUGCCUGGGUGAUUAACAUAAUGUACGUGGGCGUGGGGUUAGGGUCCCUGGUCCCGAUGCUGCUGAUGGACAGGAUCGGCAGGAAGUGGACCCUCUUCACGGCAGCAGGGCCCAAGGUGGUCAGCUGGCUGCUGAUCGCCUAUGGGAGGGACUAUCUGGCCAUGAUAAUUGCCAGAUUGCUAGCUGGUGUUGGGUGUGGCAUCACCUACUCGGUCACCCCGAUGUACCUUGGCGAGAUCACCAGCAAAAGCACCAGGGGACCUCUGGGCACCUCCAUAGCAGUUCUGAUCAACAUCGGCGUGCUGCUGAUCUACGCAAUCGGGCUAUGGGUCUCCAGGCAGACCAUGGCGUUGAUCGCCGUCUGGAUCCCCGUCACCUUCAUCGUCGCCUUCAUCUGGCUGCCGGAAAGCUCCAUCUACCUGACCAGGAAGAAUCGCAUGAGCAAUGCGGAGCUGAACCUGAAAUGGUCCCUAGGGAAGGACAACGUCGACGAGGAGCUGGAGGAGAUCAAGCGGAUGGUCGCGCACGAGGAAGAGCAUUCUUCUUCCAGCUUCAUUGAGUCCCUGAAGUUAGCCAUCAGCAGAAGAGGGAACAUCAGGGCUUGCGGCAUCGCUCUUAUCGUUAUCAGCUGUCUUACUCUGACCGGAGCCGCGCCUAUCAUGGCGUACCAAUCCUACAUCUUCAAGCAGGCCGGUUUCGACGUUUCCCCCAACAUCAGCAUCAUCACCAACGGCUCUGCCGUUGUCAUCGCCAGCUUGACAUGCGUGAUCCUGGUCAAGUUCACAGGGAAGAGGCUGCUGCUCCUUAUCUCCGCGCCUAUCUGCGCUUUGUCCUUCGUCGCAAUUGCCACUUUCUUCACUCUCCAAGCCUAUGGCACGGACGUGACGGAGGUGCGGUGGAUCCCUACGGUUUUUGUUGUGAUCUUCGUCCUCGCGUAUGGCCUCGCCUUGAACCCGACCCCCCUGGUGUACGUUGGGGAGAUCUUUUCCCUAGAAGUCAAGGCACCGGCCUCCAUCCUCUGUUCGCUCUACUAUGCCGUUGCUACCACGGUCACCGUCAAGUCCUAUCAGACUUUGCAGGAGUCAUACGGCACUCAUACUCCAUUCUGGGUGUUUUCUGUUAUCACCACGGUGCUUUGGGCCCUGAUUUACUUCUUCGUGCCCGAGACCGAGGGCAAAAGCUUGCAGGAGAUUCAAAUGGAGCUCGCCAGGAAGAAGAACCCGACGUGACGAGACGCAACCCGAGAUCCUCGAUGGAUAAUCAACUGCGAUUGCCAACUCUUAUCCAAUUAUGGAAAUAGACCUGCGAGGUUGUCGCAAUCACUCAUCAGAGGCUACCAAACGAGGUCCUUCAUCGCGCCGCCAUUACUCGGUUGUCAAUGCCGAUAACCGAUAACAUCCGAUUUGUCAUCUCGUUUCCUAGGUUAAGUUAAUUUAAGUGCGUACGUUAAUAUGCCACCGCUAUUGACCGAGGAAUAUUAAUAUUUUAAUUGUUACGUCUUAUGCUGGUUAUGUAUUUUAUUCGGGAUGAUAUUUUUCCCUCCAACGUUCCGUGAUAACGCGAGGCGUGUAAUUAUCAUUAACGACAUCUUAGUGAGAGAAUAAUAUCGUUCAACGAGGCGACUCGAAACGUCUGAUUUCCUCCUCUCGUCUUGGAAAAUACCCCACAACAAUGUCCCCUGCACAAUGCCCAGACAAUACCGAAAACAAAUCUCCUUAACGAUAAGCGUAAGAUGCACGUAAUAACCUCGUUAUUGUUCGGUAACGGUUUGGAGGUAACGACCGUCACGUAAAGACACCACGUCGAUACUCUGAAAUCGCUCAUGGUAUUUUCUAUUAAAAAGGAGAAAAUGAAAAA